AUGUCUGGAGCGUCUCAAAACGACCCCUACGCCUUCGCUUCCACUUCCGCUUCCGCCUCUGCCUCUGCUUCCGCCGCCUCGUCCUCGUCGCAUACUCCAAACUCCAAUUCCGAUGAUCGCGACGAGCUCGAUUUCCUUCAUGACGACGCCAGCGAUGACAGCGGCCGUGGAAGGUCUCGCGACCGAGAUCAUGUGCUCGGUGACGAUCCGCUUCAGAGCAAUUUGGGUGCACCCAUGACCUUUAAACGCAGACAGGGUCCCUCGCUAUGGUCUGCGCCCUCUCGACUUCUCUCCGCCCUCACAGGUUCACGGCCGCAUGCCUCCUCGAGAGGACCCUCUCCAGCUGUUCAUCCAAGCUCUAAUACUCCCCCGCGCCCUGAAACUGUCGUGUUCAACGAAGCUUCCAAGGAUGGUGUGCCGCAUGAUUGGUAUGUCGAGGGGCCAGGGCGUCGAGUCGGCUACGAGGAUCUCACGGCUAUCGAUUGGAUCUUCGAAUACACAAAAGAGCGCCAAAGAUUGCGCAUGUUAUACUCGAGUGCAUCUGGGCUUAUAGGUUAUGUGCGACGCCUCAUUGAUGCCAGCCAAGUCUGGAUCGUCCUGCUCUUGACGGGUAUGCUUGUAGGCACUGUAGCUGCUGUCAUCAACGUCACGACCGACUGGCUUGGAGAUUUGAAGGAAGGAUACUGCGCCAGUGGACCAGAAGGAGGCCAUUUUUACCUAAACAAGGCGUUCUGCUGUUAUGGUUAUGACCAAGGCUCCAAAUGUGACGGUUGGAAGACUUGGGGCGACGCUCUGGGAGUCCAUUCAAAAGGUGGCAAGUGGUUCAUCGAGUAUUUCUUCUUUGUUUCUUUCGCGAUGCUGUUUUCAUAUGUCGCGGCACUUCUCGUCCAAGAAUAUGCCAUCUACGCAAAACACAGCGGUAUUCCAGAAAUCAAGACUGUUCUGGGGGGCUUCGUGAUUCGACGGUUCCUUGGACUCUGGACACUCAUCAUCAAGUCUCUUGGUCUUGCUCUUGCUGUUGCAUCAGGCAUGUGGUUGGGUAAAGAAGGCCCUCUAAUUCAUGUUGCUUGCUGUUGCGCCAACGUAUUUACGAAAUUGUUCCGCAACAUCAAUGACAACGAAGCUCGCAAACGUGAGGUUCUUUCGGCUGCCGCCGCCUCAGGUGUCUCAGUUGCCUUUGGUUCCCCCAUCGGUGGUGUCUUGUUCAGUCUCGAGACUCUGUCUUAUUACUUUCCAGACAAGACCAUGUGGCAGAGCUUUGUCUGUGCCAUGACUGCUGCAGUUGUUCUUCAGGCUUUCGACCCCUUUCGAUCUGGCAAGCUUGUCUUGUAUCAAGUUCACUACAGCAUUGGAUGGCAUGGCUUUGAGUUGCUCCCCUACGCCAUACUAGGCGUCAUGGGUGGCAUACAUGGCGGUCUCUUCAUAAGACUCAACAUGGCUAUUGCUCGCUGGAAGAAGACGAACCGAUGGAUUCCAGGCCCUAUCGUCCAGGUCCUCAUCGUGGCCUUCUUCACGGCCCUCAUCAACUACCCUAACUUCUACAUGAAGGUGCAGACGACUGAGCUCGUCUCCAACCUCUUUUCAGAAUGCUCGCAGGUUCUCGACGACCCCAUUGGCCUCUGUAGAACAGGAGCUGCCUCGGCCAGGACCAUUGUCCUCCUAGUCUUUGCAUCUGUAUUGGGCUUCUUCCUCGCCGCUGUCACAUUCGGUCUCCAAAUCCCCGCCGGAAUUAUUCUUCCUUCGAUGGCCAUUGGUGCCUUGACAGGCCGCGCUGUAGGUAUCAUCAUGGAGAUUUGGGUUACCAAUCACCCUGGGUUCUUCUUAUUUGGCUCAUGCGAACCUGAUAUACCCUGCGUUACACCAGGUACAUAUGCCAUCGUCGGAGCAGCAGCAUCCCUUGCUGGAGUAACCCGCUUGACGGUCUCUAUUGUCGUCAUCAUGUUCGAGCUCACGGGCGCCCUCACCUAUGUUCUCCCCAUUAUGAUCGCUGUCAUGAUAUCAAAGUGGGUGGGCGAUGCUUUCUCACGUCGCGGUAUCUACGAAUCGUGGAUUCAUUUCAACGAAUAUCCCUUUCUCGACAAUAGUGAGAAUAACGAAUCCAUUCCUGACAUCCCAGCUUCUCAAGUCAUGACUCGCAUCGAGGAUCUUGUAGUUCUUACUGCCACGGGUCACACCAUCGCAUCUCUCACCACUAUCCUCGAGAUGCACCCAUACCGCGGUUUCCCCGUCAUAUCAGAUCCCCGAGAAGCCAUUCUUCUUGGCUAUAUCUCUCGUGCCGAGCUGGCAUACAAUCUCUCAGCCUCGACGCAAGCACCUCGUUUGCUGCCCCCUGAGACUGAAGCCUUCUUUUCUCACCAGCCCAUGGCAGAUCCACGCACAACCCUGGAUCUUCGCCCCUGGAUGGACCAAACACCGCUUACCCGGGCUUCGCAUACAAGUCUUCACCUUGUCGCUACAUAUUUUCAAAAGCUCGGCCUCAGAUACCUUCUCUUUAGCGAUCGCGGUGUUCUGCAGGGCUUGUUGACAAAGAAGGACGUCUGGUAUGUCCUCAAUGGUGCCGAAGAGACACGCCGGACCAUGGGUCUGGCACCCGGCGAUGCUGGUCAUGAGACUGGCCUGACCGACAGGAUAGCAGACGACAAUGGCGGCGGUGAAAGUAGUGGAUUAUUACAUUGCGAUGGUGCCGAUGAUGGGGAUAGUAUACAAGGGGAAGAACCAAUGUUAUAA